AUGGACCCCGUCAUCAUUACGCCGGAUGACGUAGCUGAGGCGGUCCGUAGGGCUCCGAACUGGAAAACUCCGGGACUCGACGGACUGCAUCACUACUGGCUGAAGGGGUUCAUGGUGUGUCACGCUGUUCUCGCCCGACAGUUUCAAGAGGCUCUCGACCAAAAGUCGCUCCCGAGCCUCUUCACUACUGGGAUCACUCAUUUGGUUCCUAAAGACCGAGAUUCCACAGACCCGAGCAAAUACCGCCCCAUAACGUGUCUACCUACCAUAUACAAGACACUGACAUCCAUUUUGAGCGCGAGAAUCACUCGUCACCUGAACUCAAAUCAGAUGAUGUCGCGCGCUCAAAAUGGAUGUCGGGGCGACGGUCGUGGAACCAAGGAACCACUCCUCUUUUUUGCGGUCAUUGGCAAGGUGGUUAAACGCAACCGUCGGAACCUCUCCGCCGCCUGGAUAGACUACAAAAAGGCAUUCGACUCGGUGCCUCAUACAUGGCUGAAGAGGGUCCUCGAGCUGUACAAGGUUGACUGUACAGUUCGAGACUUCCUUGGGCAGUGUAUGGGGCAGUGGAGUACGAUCCUUUGUCAUGUAGGCGAGCGGAUGACGGCUGCGGAGAACCAAAUAAGGAUAAGAAGAGGUAUCUUCCAGGGCGAUUGUCUGAGUCCAAUCUGGUUCUGCCUCUCUCUGAACCCUCUUAGUACCUUACUGGAGGGUUCCGGGAGGGGAUUUCAGCUUCGGAGAGGAGGUACAAAAGUGACCCACCUUUUCUAUAUGGAUGAUCUCAAGUUAUUCGCCUCCAGUCGCUCUUAUCUUAUGGAAUUGCUAAACAUCACUUGUGAUUUUAGCAAUUCUAUUAGAAUGGAGCUGGGGACGGAUAAGUGUGCGGUCCUCCAUGUCGAAAGGGGUAGGGUUGCUAACUCUGAGGGCAUAGACUUAUCUAUGCCCGUCAACAUAAAGACCCUAUCCGAGGCUGAAACAUACCGAUACCUGGGUAUGUCACAGAACAUAGGUAUCGAUGAGGCGGACAUGAAACGGUCAGUUUGCGGUGUGUUUUAUGCACGCUUGACAAAAGUGCUUAACAGUCUUUUGUCGGGCGUUAAUAAGACACAUGCAUAUAACGGUUGGAUCAUGCCUGUUCUCAUGUAUACCUUUGGCAUGCUCAGGUGGACUCUGACCGAACUGAACGCUCUGGACAGAAAAGUCCGCACUAUACAUCACUUGUGA